UAACGUAGCUUACAUGUGUAACAUCUCUGUAUCAGGCAGGCGAACUGUGGACACAGGCCCUUUGGGUAGCUGACCGUCAUCCCCACUGUGCCUUACUCCGAGAGAAGCAGCCCUGGGAGGCCCCAGUCUUCGCAUCGAUCAGUGUUGAUCAUUUGACCACUCGUAUCGAUAUGUGCUUUCUAUUUGAAGGGCAACUCCACACAUGUUUCAGAAUUUCUGCAUAACUAAGAGGUUUACAUGUCAAGAAAAUCAUCCAGAGUGGUUUGGUGAUUCCAGCCAAUGGAGCAGCACCUCUGACCCAAGGCGGACCAGCCCACUACGCUACGGUCACCACACUGGUGUUGUAACAUCAGAUUUAUGAUUUCAUUUAGAAGGAAGUGGAGACUAAAUGCUAUUUCCAGGAACUGUGAGGGGUAUUCCCAGUCCACCAAAGGAGUCUGGAGUUGAGUCACCCUGAUUGGCCACGCUGAUAGUGUCUGAAAAGACGGGGGUGAUGAUGCAAACUUUGAAUGGAUGAAGCUUUACCUGCUAGGUGAAAGACAGCUGUGUCCUCAUUGGCUGAGAGGAGGCCACAGUAUUUCACCCUCCCACACAUACACACUCGCAUAGCCAAAAACCGCUCAGACUGAGCUCAGACACAGUGAGGACAGCAGCAGCCUGCAAUCUGUGAAGGACACAACCUGAGGUCUACAUAUUUUAACCCGUGGACAACAAGAGGAGGAUUGACUAACCACCCAGUGCACUUGUGUAAGCCUCAGAAGCAGCGAUGGCAGUCAGCUCUUUCGACAGAAGGCAGUGGGCCUCCCAGUCCCUGCGCGUCACAGCCAAAGAGCUGUCCAUUGUGGGAGCGCGGGGCAAGAACACAGCUAUAGCUGAGCGCUUCUCUAAGUACCAGAAGGCAGCAGAGGAGACCAACUCGGACAAGAAAAAAUCUGUGGAGGCUGUAGCCCCUGCCCUGCGCAGUGGCAACCUCGGUGUUCUGAAGAAACGGUGGGAGGCCCAACAGCCUCUCUCACCCGAGCCUACAGCCGUGCAACGCAGGAUUCAGGACGAAGUUAAAGACUUGUCUGCAGACACUCCACGCUCUAUCUACAAAAAGACUCCAUCAAAAGCUGCAGGUAUCGAAACAGACACACAGGACCAGGUUAGUCAAGAACCACCUCAAAGCCCCAGAGAGCCAGCUAUGGAAGGGUGGGUGCAAGAAGAUACAGAGAGUCCAGAGGCAGCAGAAGUGCCCAGCAUGCCUAGUGACAAGCCCAGCGUACCUCUCAGCAGUCUCAAAAUGAUGUUUGAGAACAAGGCAUCUGUGGAGCAAGUGAAAGCAGGAGGAAGUGGCCCUGAGAAAAUGGAACUUGGAGACAAAGGAGUGUUUGAUGCAAUCGUGGAGACUACUCCACUCAGGGAUAGAAUGGCUCUCUAUCAGGCAGCUGUGUCUAAAGUAGAUGUCCCUUCUUCCACUCCGAGUGAACUGGACAUGGAGUUAUGCAGCUCCAGUGUGAAACAGAAGGAGAAUGUCCCUCCAGCUUCGAGGGAUGUGAUCUCAACCUCUGAACCCAACAGCAGAAAGGGUUCAUCAACAGACAGCAAUGGCCCUACUGCGACUACUCCUGACCAAGGCCAAAGUAAAGCUUUCAAGAAGUUCCGCCUUCCUGUGUGUGAGACCUGUGUGAUGUGCCUGAAGACCGUGUACCCCUUGGAGCGCCUAGUAGCCAAUCAGCAAAUCUAUCAUAACACAUGCUUCCGCUGUGCCCACUGCAACACCAAACUGAGCAAUGUCUACUGCAAGCCCCACUUCUGCCAGUUGUUUAAGGCCAAGGGCAACUACGAUGAGGGAUUUGGCCACCGGCCUCACAAGGAGCUGUGGGAGGCACGGGGAGAGGAGUUAGAGGAGCAGACGAAGGAUGUCCCAAAGGAAAGCACCGUCAGUCCUACAGUAGAGGAGUCUCCCCUGGAGAAGGUCAACAUACUUGCUGCCACUUUAGAGACACGGGCCCAGUCUGCAGCAGAGUGGGUGGAGAAACCAGUGGAAACUGGCCGGUUGAAGAUUUCCUGGCCUCCAAGGACAGAUGAAGGUGAGGGAGGUUCACCUAGGGCCUCUGUUGAGGGUGCCAUCCGUCCCAUUCGUCCAAAGUGGCCACCAGAGGGCGACUCUUCCCCAGUCAGCCCAGAGAAAGCUGAGCUGUCCAGCCUCGGCAGAAGCUCCUCCCUCAAAGAACGCAGCCGGCCAUUCUUGAUCACUAACUCCGCCUCUCCAGUCAUUCAACCAGUAGCGAAAGAGGUCCUAUUUGAAGAUGAAAUGACAACAGCGGGUUCUCCCUUGAGUGCUGAAGACCCUAUGAUUGAACUGGCCAGUCCCACACAGGAGGAAGAGGAAGCAGUGGCUGAACAGGAAGAGGUGGACAAGAACAAUGAGGAAAAAAUGGACAGAGGAGAACAAGAGGAAGAGGAUGUUACAGAGGAGAAAGAUGGCCAACAGGAAGAAGAGGAGCCAGCCUCUUUAACAUGCCAAAGCACUUCACUGGAUAUCACGCCCCCUUCUUCACCCCUAAGUGAAUCAGACCCAGGCUCCGGAUCUGAAUCAGAGCGGCAGAAAUCCUCUCAGGAUGUGGGAUUCUGGGAAGGAGAGGAAGACCAGGCUGACUAUUCGGUGGAGGAGCUGAUCAGGAGGAAUCGUCAUUACGAUGAGGAGGAAGAAGAUUGAUUGUUACUGACUCACAUCUUUCCAAUAAAAGAUCAAAACCAAACCAGUCUAUUCAAUUCCACUGACGAGAUGGGGGUCACCAUUUUUCAUUGUGUUUCUGUCCAAAGCACAAUAGGACAGUUUCCCAGAGGCAGAUUAAAGGAAUAGUACAAAAUAAACUAGUAGGAAAAUCUAAAUUUCUCCUUAUCCAUAACAUAGUCCAAUCAGCCAUGACAUGCCUAAAGUUUGGUUCUUUAACUUUGCACCGGAGUUACAAGUCUAAUGUAGCUAAUAAGCAGUGGGACCUUGUUCCCCACCAACUGUGCAAACAACUACAUUUGGACAAGAGAAAAUAUAUAAAUUAGAUUUUUCACUAAACUAUGCCUUUAAAGCUAGUCUGGGGAUUAACUCUCGCACACUGUGCAAUUAGGCUCUUUGCCCUGAGCUUUUUUCUUUGUGCCUGUGUAUUUGAAUGUAAGUCAACAUAUACAGAAACCCUCAAUAAUCAUUUGCUUAUCCACAAAGGUUUUUAGGGCCACGUUAUGUGCAACCAACACAUGAAAUAAAUGGACAAGCACAGUUUCCAGAAACACUGAUGCAUUUGGUACUUUUGUGUAUAUCUUUGUUUGUCUUUUACCUUCUUUUUUGUAUAUUAUAAAUGCAUUUCAUGCCGCUUUUAUGGUGUUCUAGUCUAAAACCUAUUUUUAUAGGGGCUUUUAUCAUGUUACCUAUUAGUUGGCUUUAGUCCUGAAUAAAAGCAGUAGAUAUAUAGACAACAGCAGUACUUGUUAAGGUUGUUCAUUGUGGUUCAAAUGCAAGGUUCUUUUUGUUUUUUCAUCAACUAAGACUUUGUAGUUAUUCGACAUAAGUGCUGAGUAGUGGUGUAUUGCUCUUGCACAGAGUUUGGAAUUGCAAAAGAAAUGAAUUCUCCGAAAGCAAAGACGUCUGGUGCGUAGAAAUACUGUGGGAUGCAACUGGUCCUAACUAAUGUAAUAUUUUGUGUGCACUAUUUGUGUAUGUCAACUUAGAAUCAGUUGCUUUUUAACUUUUUAAUUGCACAUUUGAUGUUUUUUUUUAUCUGAGGACCAAAUUUCCUGCAACACUGUUGUUCAAUAAAUAUUUAAUGUA